GUAGCGGUGGGUUCUUGCAGGAGUCAGUCAGCGAGCGCGAUACUGUAACAGUGUAGCUACCUACCUACCUAGCUACCUACCUAGCUACCUACCUGCAGUGGAGUUUCAGCGGUGCAUGGUUCACGUAUACAGCGGGGGAGAGACGACCAUGUCCAAGUACCACAGGACGCCCGCCAGAACUAUGGACAAUCUUGUCGAAGUGAAGAGCAAGUUCGAUGCUGAAUUCCGAAGAUUUGCUCUAAAACGUUCCAACGUUGGGGGUUUUCAGGAAUUUUACCAGCUGAUUCAAGCCGUCCAUCAGAUCCCGUACGUGGACGUAUUGCUGGGAUAUACCGACAUCCACGGGGACUUGCUGCCCAUCAACAACGAUGACAAUUAUCACAAAGCGGUCUCCUCUGCCAACCCUUUACUGCGAGUCAUCAUUCAGAGACGGGCUGAAGGUGACUGUGGGGCGUUUGGAACAAAUUCUCUCCUACGCAAGAAGAAAGGUCUUCAUGUGCUACGGCCUGUCUAUCACAAGUCAAAGCCUCACAUCUUGAUUGGAAUGCCGCAGGAUUUCCGACAGAUCUCUUCCAUUAUUGACGUGGACAUCCUUCCAGAAACUCACCGCAGAGUCCGUCUUCACAAACACGGCUCUGACAAACCACUUGGAUUCUACAUUCGCGACGGGGUGAGUGUACGGGUGGCCCCUCAAGGAGUGGAAAAGGUCCCAGGUAUCUUCAUCUCUAGGCUUGUCCGAGGUGGCUUGGCGGAGAGCACUGGCCUGCUUGCGGUGAACGAUGAAAUACUCGAGGUCAACGGGAUUGAUGUCGCCGAGAAGUCACUGGACCAAGUGACUGACAUGAUGGUAGCGAACAGUCACAAUCUGAUCAUUACCGUGAAGCCAGCAAAUCAACGCAAUAAUGUCAUUCGCAGCAGUAGGGCCUCUGGUAGUUCUGGUGUUUCCACGGACAGCAGUCCAAGCCAGCACAAUGUCAUAGCUACUUCACACUAUGCCAACCACUACAGUGCAGCUGAAGGAGAGAGUGAAGACGAAAGCGAUCUAAUAAUUGAAAACGACAUGCCAUCAUACAUUCCAAAAACAAUGUUCCCAAACUAUGUGAAUGGAGAUCUUACAAAAAAGCUGCAGCAUAACCUCUCCCUAAACAGCCCACUGUUAGACAGCAAAGAAAACAAAUAUAAAGGGUCCUUAAACUCUUUGAACACACACAGUGACAGUCCCAGCAAAAUAAGUUCAGGCCAUGGAAACAUGCGAGAAGAUGGAACAAUGAUAACACUAUAGACAAUUUUCCUUUAUAAUCACUUUUAUAUAACAUUUCCAAGUCCUUUAUGGUUAAACCUGACUUAAGCCUUGUUAAGGAGGUUGGAAUCCAAUCAGUUUUCACAAAAAUAUUUGACGCCGAUGGUGAAUCUGGAGGUUAGAAGUAUUUAUGAAAGAAAAA